AUGGCGACCCAGAACUGCAACUCUGUUCUCCCCUGCUCAUCGGAGAAACUGGGCGACGAUGAUCUCCUCGCAGAAGUUCUGAUUCGGGUCCCGGACCCUAAAUCCGCCUACCGCUGCAAACCGGUCUGCAAGCGGUGGAACUCCCUCAUCUCCGAUCCCUCCUUCAAUCGCCGUUUCGUUUCCCACAGCCAGAGCAGGCACGAACGAAACGAUCCUCCGCCUCCUCUGCUUCUUCCCUCCGACGACCCGGAAUCCAUCGUCUCGAGCUUUCUCCCCAUGCCGGAGGAAGCCACUCCUCCACGCUCUUUCCGGGUUUUCGAUUCCUUCAAGGACUUGAUUCUGUGCGGGUUUUUGGACAGGGAGAAUAAUGUUGACGAUCUCAGCUUCGUCGGGUCUUUAUUCGUCUGCAACCCGUUUACGAAGCAAUGGAUCGCCCUUCCUCUUGGCGUCCGAAACGCUGUCGUAUGA